AUGCUUGAUCACUAUGAAAACGGUUGUCUUCUCUCUGGUACAGGGCUGGUGGCUUUUGCACAACAAAGUAGAACUAACAGUUCCUGCGAAUCUGCGAUUGUUGCCAAUUGCCUUGUGUUCUUGACAGGGAAAGUCAUUGUGUUAUUUACAUCCUUAGAAACUCAACUAAGAAACCCGCAUAUUCUUCUUUUGGCAGCUCCUUGCUAUUGGGGAAUUGCAAGGCAUUGUAAUUACCUUGGCGACUUGACUCUUGCUCUGUCUUUCAGUUUGCCCUGUGGAAUAAGGUUAGAUAGCAAAAACAUUGGGAUUGUACUUUCAGAAGGAAAUGUUGAUUUGGGUUGUCUAUGGGAUUCAUUUAGGGGAUCUCAGAGUAAUUAA